CCCCCCCCGCUGACACCAUUCCCCACUGGAUGCUGCAGCCUACACUGGCUUUUUGGCCCCUCUGCGUUGCUGACGUGGCACAAAAGGACGAGGAUGCUGCUAGGGACCUGGCCAGCUUCAUGCAACAAUUUCUACAGGCAUAGCACGCUACAAUGAAGAGGACAAUCUUCUCCUUCUUUCGUGGCCUCACUGUGAGCACCUCCCUGCCUGGCUAUGUCAUUUUCUUCAUUGCUCUGCACAUUCACCGUUUGGCAAUAGCGCAGUUCACAGUGACUGGACCUGACCAUCCAAUCACCGUCCCUGUUGGUGGGGAGGCCGUCUUGCCCUGCCACCUCUCCCCCAGGACAAGUGCUCAGGACAUGGAGCUGCGGUGGUUCAGAUUGAAAUUCUCUGCAGUCGUGCACCAGUAUGCCAAGGGCCAGGAUCAGUAUGAUGGGCAGAUGCUGGAAUAUCAUGGGAGGACAGAGCUGCUGAAAGAUGACAUCACUAAUGGGAAUGUUUCCCUGAGACUACGCCCUGUCAGGCCCUCUGAUCACGGGCAGUACACUUGCCUCUUUCAAUCCAGAGUCUUCUAUGAAGAAGCCUUUUUGGAACUAAUGGUAUCAGCGAUCGGCUCAGACCCCCACAUCUCUGUGGAUGGUCACCAGGAUGGAGGGAUCCGGGUGGUGUGUCACUCGACUGGGUGGCACCCAGAACCCCAGGCUCAGUGGAGAGAUCACCAUGGGCAGCAUCUCCCAUCUGCCUCUGAAGACAUUUCCAAGGAAGCCAACGGGCUGUUUCACAGUCAGAUUUCUAUUGUUAUAACAGAAGAUUCCAACCAGAAUUUGUCUUGUUCUGUCAGGAACCCGCUUGUCAACCAAGAGAAAAUAUCAACAGUUUCCCUUGCAGAGCUGUUUUUCCCAAGGGUCAGUCCCUGGAUGGUGGCUCUGUGGGUGAGCCUGGCUGUUCUCAUUCCCCCGGCUGGCUACUGCUUCUGGAGGCAGCACAGAGCAAAAGAAGAACAUCGUGAAGAGAAAGGGAAACUCUUCACUGAAUUUGGGCUUGGGUUGAGAAGAGCCCAGCUAUAUGCAGGUAUUGUACAUAGAUCUGAUACUUUAUUCAUGUCAACGGCAUCCCACCUCUUGCCUCAUUUCCCACUUUCAUAUCAAAAGCAAUAGACUAGAAAAGAGACAACAGAGAGUGGACGUGAUAAAGGGCUAUAGAAUCAUGACUGGUGUGGGGAAAGUAGAUA